AUGACAGCAGCUUCCAGUUCCAAUUUGGUUUCUCUGUCAGCCAAGGACAUCAACAUCAAUAACAUCAAUAACAUCAACAGCAACAAGACCCUGUCGCCUCUGCUUCACCCUCAUGCCCUCCUGAUGAACUCGGAUGUUCUGGUAAGAGCCAAUCUGGCGGAAAGACUGGCUGGAACUGCCGCUGUAGCUGCAACUGCCAGUUUGGGGAUUUCCUCUUUUCAGCAGCCGCAGCUUCAGCUUCAGCUCCAACCCAACUUCACCACUGCCAGCAACACUGCCAUGGCAUCUGCACUCCAGCAACUGCAGCAUCAGCAUCAGCAUCAGCACCAACACUACCAAGAUCUGGUAAAUCGCCACUUGAUCCACCUUCAAGCUCAAGCUAAGGUGCAAGCUCAGGUGCAAGCUCAAGCAGUUGGGUCUGCAAGAGAAAUCAUUGGCAUGGGAAUCACUGUCCCUAACCCUCCAGCUACAGCCACAGCCACAGCUACAGCUACACUUCCAGUCACAGCCACAGUCACAGCCACAGCAACCAAUGCCAGACUCCCCAGCCUCAAGCCCCUCCAGAAGCCCCCUCAAGCCCACCAAGUUCAGAUCAAGCCUCUGCUUAGGAACAGGAAUCAAAAGACCAACAAGAUGAUGCAGUUUGGAAAGCCUCUCAUGGCUCCUCCCAGACUUGCCAAGGCGAUCUGUACUCCAAGGACCUCCUCCAAGACACACAGGGGAAACAACUCCUUCAAGAGACCUGCUCCUCUAGCCAUGGCCAUGCCUUCAUGCCCGGUCACUACUGGUACUAGUACUAGUACUGGUACUGCUACCAAGAGACGCAAGCUGGUUCCGUCACUCUCACUGGCUCCACGCCGUGUCUCCCUCAACAGUGCUGUACAUGUAUCCAACAAGAUAUUGUCCUCGGAUGAGCAGGACUUUGUCGAGGCUGCGCAGCGUCUACACCACAGUCCCCUGAGUCCACCCAAGAAACAUUUAAUGACCAUGGCGCUAGUGCCACAGGCUACCAUGCGUCUUCCAAACCUACAAAUGGCACUCAAGGCUCCUCCUUCCCUCACCUUCUAG